CACAGCCCACGCACACUCUCUCUCUCGUAAGAGCAGGAGCAGGAGCAGGGGCCGGGGCUCCGCCUCCUCUCCGCUCUUUGACAGGAGGAGGAGUUGCACGUAGAUGGGUACAUGGUGCAUCUCGAGAAGAUACGAAAGAGGAUGUUGAAACUUGCCUCCCAUUCCUCGCGGCACUUAUCGACGUCACCAUUUUGGUCAUAUUUGAUUUCGCACUUCCACUCUGUUUCCCUCUCUGUAUCAGAUUUACCGAUACUGAAUCAUUCCUAUAGAAGCAACAAUAAUCACGACUUCUCUUCCCUCCUUUCGUCACCUAGUAAGCAGCAGACCACCUGUUCUUGUAUCACUCUCCGAGGUAUCAGUAGUUCUUUUGGAGAAGUAAGCCCCCUGUCUGAGGGCUAUGAAAUCAUAAGAAAUCUAGGAGACAACUCUAGCACUGUUGAAAUUGAGGCGGCUUUGGAUGUCUUCAAUCAGCUUCUCACUCGAGGAGCUCCAAAUAUACCAAUUAUCUUGUGCAAUCGUUUAUUUAGCAUCUUUGUUAGAAGGCACUACUAUAAAGAGGGGUUCUUGGUCUACACCAAGAUGGUAAGCUCUGGAGUCUCCCCUGAUUAUGUGACUCUCAACACCUUGUUCAGCUGCUGCUGUAAAUCUCAUUCAGCUGACGCUGCAAUAUCGGUGCUUGCCGUCCUCUUCAAAAGCAGAUUUACUCUUUCUACCAACAUUUUCAAUUCUCUUAUCGAUUGCCUGCUCAAGUGUGGUAGAGUGGACGAAGCUCUGGAGAUGGGGGAUCGAAUGGACAGAGAGGGUUGCGAUGCUGAUCUUUUUACGUAUAUUUGUCUCAUAGUUGGAGCAUGCAAAAAGGGUAGGCUUGGAUAUGCUAGAUUGCUCAUACAAGAGAUGGACAUGAAAGGCAUUACUCCAAAUGUGGUUGCCUAUAGUGCUGUUGUGCAUGGUCUUUGUAAGCAAGGACUUAUGGAUGACGCUCACAUGUUCUAUAGAGAGAUGAUCGCAAGAGGUCUCAGCCCUAAUAUUGUUACUUUCACUAGUUUGAUUCACAGCCAUUGCGUCGCUGGGAAGUGGCAAACGGCCAAGGCAUUUUUCCAGGAGAUGCUUGAUCGAGGAAUCAGGCCCAAUGCCUACACUUUUAAUGCAGUCAUCCAUGGCCUUAGCCGACACAUGAUGAUUGAGAAAGCGGUUCAAUUUGUUAGUUUGAUGAUGGAGAUGGGUGAGGUUCCUGAUGAGUAUGCUUACACCCCGCUUAUUGAUGCUUUGUUUAAAGAAGGAAGGCUGAGGGAGGCAAUGCAAUUUGUAGCCCACUUGGUUAAAAGGGGAAAUCUAUUUAGCAUCAAAACCUAUGGUAUUCUUCUAAAUGGCUUUUGUAAAUCAGAUAGGAUAGAUGAAGCAUUAAAAUUGUACAGCUUUAUGCUAGUAGAAGGCUAUAAGCCCAAUGUUGUAAUCUGCAGCGUUCUUCUAGAUGGAUUUUGUAAAAUGGGUAGGCAUGAAGAGGCAAUGGUUUUAUUACAUCAAAUGAGCUCAAUGGGAAUUAGGGGAGACACAGUUACUUACAGCGUACUUAUUGAUAGUCUUUGCAAAGAAGGUUGUCUUGAUGAAGCUUUACAAGUUUUUCAGAUGAUGAAAGAGAAAGACAUUCAUCCUAAUGAUGUUACUUUUAGCAUUUUGAUUAACGGAUUCUGUAUUGAAGGGAGAUGGAAGGAGGCAAAAGAGAUGCUCCAUGAGAUGCUUAUUCAGGAUGUUAAACCUAGUCUUAUUACAUUUAAUUGCCUAGUUGAUGGUUUUUGUAAAAAAGGAAGAGUUCAUGAUGCCAUUGGUGUCGUGAAUUUGAUGCUAAAUGCAGGUGAACUUCCUGAUAAGUAUACCUACAAUGCGCUUAUGGAUUGUCUUUUCAAGGAUGGAAGACUUAAUGAAGCUUUGCAGCUUGUUGCUUACAUGUUUAAAGGUGGUGACUGCAUUAACAUUGUGACCUAUAGCAUUCUCAUCCAUGGUCUGUGCAGUAAUGGUAGAGCUAAUGAAGCAUUAGAAUUUUAUAAACAUAUGUUACACAAUGGUGUGAAGCCUGAUGCAGUCAUUUAUACUACCCUCUUAGAUGGCCUUUGUAAGUCGGUCAAAAUUAUGAGUCCGAUGGUUCUUCUUAAACAUGUGUUAUAUGGAGGAAUUGAUAUAGAUGUGUUCACAUGUAAUGCAACUAUUAUUGCUCUUCGUAAAGAAGGACUAUUUGAUGAUGCUUGGAAGAUUUAUAAAGAGAUGAUUAAAAGAAAUAUUUAUCCUAAUUUAGUUACUUUUGAUGUUCUGAUUUGCUGCAUCCCCAUUCACAAACAAUCCCUUGAAGCAAGGGAACCAUUUCAUGAGAUGGUGACUCAGGCCAUUAGGCCAAGUUAACUUACAUUCAACAGCAUCUUUAGUGAGUUUUCUGAAAAUGCCACCAUGGAUGAGAUGGCUGAUUAACUCUGCAAGAUUAUCUCUAUAAGAGGAUUUGUGUGGAUUAUACAUAUCAGCCAACAAAUGGGUUGAGUUAAGACACAUUUCGCUUGUUUGUAGUUUUCUGGCAGCAGCUUCAUUUCAUCCUUGCCUGAAAGCAUCUUCAAGCUGUUCCUGGCAUCAAUUUACGAAAGCCUUGAGGUUUUUGGAUGUAGUCAUAUAUUGUGCUGCAGGUAUAACAUGAUGUGAUUGGAUUCAGAUUCUAUGCAAUGCCCAGGUUUCAUGUACUAUCACACUGAAGCUUUCGUGCAGUUGAUGGAUACCUUUCGUUGCAGGAAGAUGAUAAUUAGGAUAUAAGUGGGAAACAUAUAAAUGAUGCCCAACUGUUUCUCCAAAGUUAAGGCAACUGAAGAAUCGUUCUAGAGACAGAUGUCGACAUAAUCUUGGAUCUUGGACAAUUUAUGCUUUCAAUAUGCUCCUUCUGAUGGCAAUUCACUUGCAACACAAUGAUAGAGAUGUUGGAAUAUUUUCUUCCAAAUCUUGUAACAUGUAUCUGCUUGGAGCCAACUCUGUCAAAUCCACAAUAGUAUCUCUAUGUCGGGCCCGAAUACUUGUUACUGCCCCGCUGACCUUCCGUUUGGAAGUUCCAUCCAACAAAAGGCAUGGUAACCUGGUAUUGGCUUUCAUUUGUCUGGAUCUUUUGCUCAAUCAGCAUAUAGUAGUGCCGAGACAGUGAGCAUUUCUCCUCCUUUUCUUUUUGAUAUUGUAAGCCACGUAUUGUUUGCCGUUUUAAGACACCUCGGCUCGGCAUCCCUUUUAGCCUUCAUACAAGUGAUUUUUGGUUGAUACAUAACUGAGAAACCUGAUUAAGGAUACAUAUCAACAUCAU